AUGCGUGUUGGUGUUUUGAGAAGCACUAAGAUCUCUGUCAUUCCCAUCAACAUCAAGUUUUGUAUCGGAGUCUUGAGAUGGGAUAUGGCAGAUAAAAAAGUAGAGAAAUCACAUUUUUGUCAUGUUGCUUCAGAGCAGCACCCAGAAGCUGUCGCGCUAUUAACAGGGAAGGUAAUUGGUCUUGAAGAAGGUCAGUUUCUUGAAGACGACUUUUGA